AUGGCCGCGCAGACAUUGAAUCGGGAUGAAAUCAGCAACCUCUCCUUCAUCCUCAACAAACCCUACCAGGUCACGUACGCGGAGCGGCCCAAGCCAACGCUCACGUCACCGCACGACGUCAUCGUCGCCGUCAACUACACGGGCAUCUGCGGCUCCGACGUGCACUACUGGAGCCACGGCGCCAUCGGCCACUUUGUCGUCAAGGAGCCCAUGGUGCUGGGCCACGAGUCGGCGGGCACCGUCGUCGAGGCUGGCAGCCAAGUGACGCACCUCGGGCCCGGCGACCGCGUCGCCAUCGAGCCGGGCUACGCCUGCCGGCGCUGCGCCGACUGCCGCGCCGGCAAGCGCGCGUCCGGCCGGGCCAGUCCGUCGUCGUCAUGGGGCGCCGACGCCGUCAUCGACGCCAGCGGCGCCGAGGCCUCCAUCCGGACGGGCCUGCACGCCGUCCGCGCCGGCGGCACCUACGUCCAGGGUGGCAUGGGCAGGCCCGACGUCGACUUCCCCAUCAUGGCCAUGUGUCUCAAGGAGGUUACCGCGCGCGGGUCCUUCCGCUACGGCCCUGGCGACUACGAGCUCGCCGUCGACCUCGUCGCCAGCGGCAAGGUCGACGUCAAGAAGCUCGUCACCGAGGUCGUGCCGUUUGAUCGGGCCGAAGAGGCGUUUAAGAAGGUCAAGGAGGGCGAGGUCAUCAAGAUUCUGAUUGCCGGUCCUAAUGAGAAGAUUGAGACGAUUUAG